AUGACCAGAUAUGAAUGGAUAGGCGAGCUGAAGCUUGUACAAGAUGCUGUCAUUGAGGAGAAUGUCUGGCAGUUCACUGUCAAAGUCCCUCAUCAUAACCAUGACUGUGCAAUGGAGGCUGUUGCUCUGUUCCAGCACCGUCAGCGUGAUGCAGCAACACUUGUGCGCAUUCAACAACAAUGGAAACUGCGCCAGUCUUCAACCAAUAUCCUUGCCAGUCUGCUUGGAGAUAACAUUUCCAUAAGGCAACAAGACAUCCUGAAUGAGAUUGCAAGGCUCUGGCGCGAAGAGCUGCAGGGCAUGACACCCAUUGAAGCACUCCUCUGCAUGCUUGAUGAGUAU